AAGGAUGACACUCAUAAAUCGAGCAAUGGUCCAACUACAGGAUGCAUGUGGGACCCGGCCCCCGGCGGGAUUGGGCAACCGUCACGGGACAGCAGCCUUUCAGCGCUACAGUAGCUGGGCGCGGUGCUGUGGUUUAGCCGAUUCAAAAAACCCAUUAGCCGAUUCGAAUUUCGAAAACAAUUAUCAGGCUAACUCCUUCGGAACAAUAACGGAGUCGACUGAUUAGCAUGCAUCCCCCCGGUGGUCAAGGAUGACACAUAAAUCGAGCGAUGGUCUGAACUGAAAGGGAAACAAAACCAUUCGCCGAAGCAGGGGACGAUGUCAAGCCCAUCGGUAGCUGCCAUCGCGACGGCGGCGGCUGAUGAAUACGCUACCGGCGGGUCGAAUGGGCUCACAAAUACAAACUCGUGCUGGUGACUUGGCGGAUGCAUCUGACCUGCAUAGGCGUCAGAUUCACUCGCAAAAGGCCACGUGGCAUUCUGUUUGUGGACCAGGUCGGAACCGUCUCUCUUUCGGCGGAGAACUGGAAAACGUGUUCCAUGUUCCUUGGUUGUCUUGUUGGGUGAUGACUACCUCGCUUUCAUUCAUCGCGAGGAGCUACAGGCGGACCCCUCGUCAUCUCCUUUGCCUGGCCAAUCGCGACACCUGGUGCAGGUAGGGGAGCUGCUGGGUAAGUGUGCAAUUCUGUACAAGUGAAGCAAUGGGGUCUGGCUCCAAGUAUCUUCAGCACGGUCAGGAGACAAAUGAUAAUCACGCACAUGGUGAACGAGAAAGAGAAAAAGAAAAAGGAGGACAUGGACAUGGGGCUGAUACUCCCAGUCCACCUGCUCUGGAUACCCACAAUUCCAGGACUCACCCAAACUUCGUGCGUUCUAAGGGCUUAACUAGUGCAGAUGCGGAGGCAUUACUCCUACAACAUGGACGCAAUGAAUUGGAGGAAAAGGCAACACCGAGCUGGCUCAUUUUCUUAAGACAAUUGUAUGCUCCUAUGCCGCUUCUUAUUUGGCUUGCUGUCACUGUGGAACUGGCGAUCAUGAACUGGCCAGAUGCUGCGAUUCUGUUCGCCAUUCAAAUGGCCAAUGCACUCAUAGGCUGGUAUGAGACAACGAAAGCAGGCAACGCUGUUGCAGCACUGAAGGCUUCGUUGAAACCUCGAGCAACCGUGAAGAGAGACGGCAAGGUUAUCGCUAUUGAUGCGGGAUUACUGGUUCCUGGAGAUCUCGUCAUUUUGGCAUCUGGUGGUGCUGUGCCAGCUGACUGUGUGGUAAAUGAGGGAACAAUUGAUGUCGAUACAUCGUCAUUAACAGGAGAGUCCAUGCCUGUGACGUUGUAUGAGGGCCAAGAAGCACAAUGGGGCUCAACUUGUGUGCAGGGGGAAGUAGAGGCAACAGUGAUAGGCACAGGAAAGAACACGUUUUUUGGGAGGACUGCAUCAUUGCUGGGGGGUGCAAAUGAGCUGGGAAACAUUCAGAAGAUCAUCCUGAAGAUAACUGCUGUGCUGGUUCUACAAUCCAGCAUCCUCUGCUUAGCUGCGCUCAUUUAUUUGUUGGUACAUCGGAAACAAGAUUUCGUCGAAUCCCUGCGCUUUGUCGUCGUGCUCAUGGUCGCUUCUGUACCUCUGGCCAUUGAGAUUGUAACAACUUGCACGCUGGCUGUUGGAUCCAGAUCCCUAGCCUCUAUGAAUGCCAUUGUCACAAGACUGGUAGCUAUCGAAGAGAUGGCAGGGAUGAAUGUCCUUUGCAGCGACAAAACAGGCACAUUGACCCUUAACAAGAUGGUUAUUCAGGAGGACACCCCUAUUUACAGCAAAGGAGAGACUAGGGCGAGUGUUAUCCAGGCAGCUGCUCUUGCUGCCAAGUGGAUGGAGCCACCAAAGGAUGCUCUCGACACAAUGGUUCUUGGAUCGGUGGAUCUUGCCCACCUUGAUGCGUAUCAACAGAUUGAUUACAUGCCAUUCAAUCCGAAGGUAAAGCGUACAGAAGGGACUCUGAAGAGUCCAGACGGCAAGAUAUUCAAGACCACCAAGGGGGCUCCCCACAUCAUCCUGGAUCUGUGCCAUAACAAGAACGAGAUAGGUCCGGUGGUGAAUGAGAAGGUUACACAGCUUGGUCUACGUGGUAUUCGUUGUCUUGCUGUGGCACAGUCCGAUGAAGCGGACAAGUGGCGACUACUGGGGAUUCUAACGUUCCUUGAUCCUCCUCGACCUGAUACCAAGGAGACCAUUGAGAGAGCACAGAAGUAUGGUGUCGUUGUCAAGAUGAUCACAGGUGAUCAGGUUGUUAUUGCGCUAGAGACCUCACGGCAGCUGGGCCUGGGGACAAGUAUCCGUGGUGUGCAGGGAUUGCCAAGUCUUGGUGCUGAUGGAAAGGUUCCCAAAGAUCUUGGAGAGAAGUAUGGGCAGAUGAUUUUGAGUUGUGACGGGUUUGCACAGGUUUUCCCAGAGCACAAGUACCUGAUUGUUGAAACACUCAGGCAGGCUGGAUGCUCUGUGGGGAUGACAGGAGAUGGAGUGAAUGAUGCACCUGCAUUGAAACGGGCAGAUGUCGGGAUAGCUGUCCAAGGUGCGACGGAUGCAGCUCGAGCCGCAGCUGAUAUUGUCCUCACGUCACCUGGCUUAAGUGUUGUUGUAGAGGCAAUCAUUGUGGCCAGGCAGAUCUUCCAGCGGGUGAAGUCGUUCAUAAAUUAUCGUAUAGCUGCAACUUUGCAGCUUCUGUGCUUCUUUUUCAUAGCAGUUAUUGCAUUCGAUCCACAUGAGGAUUUUGAGCCUCCCUUUUGCCAUGUGCGAUUUGAUCCAACUGAAUGGCGCAGCUGCAUCGAUGUUCCAUCUCACAGGCAGGAACAUCCAGACAGCGUCAUAGACGGAUGGCCAUCGUUCUUCCAGCUUCCUGUGUUGAUGCUCAUGCUCAUCACACUUCUCAAUGAUGGCACACUUAUUACCAUUGGCUAUGAUUUUGUAAUACCGUCACAACAUCCUGAGAGAUGGAACCUCCUGGUUUUGGCGCUUCUGUCAUGUAUUUUGGCGUUUGUCGCGUGCUUCUCAUCUCUGAUCCUCCUAUGGGCAGCAAUGGAUUCAUGGCGGGCAAAGUCACUGUUUGCGAAGGUAGGGCUGCCACAUUGUGAAUAUGGACAGGUUGUGACAAUGAUAUAUUUGAAGGUAUCCAUAUCUGACUUCUUGACCUUGUUUAGCUCCCGGACAACAUUGUUCUUCUUCCAGCAGAAACCCGGGCGUCUAUUAUUCAUCGGGGCCACAUUUUCGCUGCUGAUAUCAACCAUUACUGCAUCCUUCUUUCCAAAAAUGGUGUUUGAGAAGGUGCAUAUUGAAGGUUUAAGCGCGCCAUCUGCCCAUUACAGGCUUUGGCCAUUUUGGGUCUGGCUGUAUUGCCUGUUCUGGUGGGUAGUACAAGACCUCCUCAAGGUGGUCGCGUACUUGGUGGUUGUUAAGUAUAACCUAUUUGGGGCAAAUGAAGGUAAGAAAGUCUAUGUGAAGAGAGACGGCCACCAGCUGGACCCUGUAGAGGAGAGUCCAGAAGAAGUUGUGACUCUCAGCUACAGCAGGUCUAAUGGACAGGCACUUGCUACCGAGUUGCAAAACGAGGUCAGGAAGGGUGGACUUGGCCAGGAGAUCGGUGCCAAGUAUGAGAAAGGACGGAACGGUGAGGAAUAUCUGUCUGUCAGCUACACUAGACAAUCAGGUAAAGCUAUUGCCGCAGAAUUGAGGCAAGAGUUGGUGCGCAAGUCCCAUGCUAGCCCGUCUAGCCCAUCUUCUCACCAUAACCAUUCGAGCUCGAAUAACCACCACAGCAACCUCGGGCAAGCCAGUAAACAAGGCCAUGGCAGCAAGCAUUAGGGUGAAAAUGCUGUGUGUGUGUGUGUUUGUGUGCAUGUGUACGUGUGUGUGAGAGAGAGAGAGGAGAGGGAGUGUCUGGCAAUGUAUUCGAGUAUGUGUUUGGUGGCAUUGAUGGAAGACUGUGGGGGCUUGGAUGAAUGAGAAAGCGGGCUUCGGCAAUGAGCUGUGUUUCUAAGGGGUCAUGUUUGCUUUCUGUUUUUCUUUCCGGUUAACGGACAGUCAAAACCCACUGUUGACAAGAGUGGGAAAUUGUCUUUGCGAGAUAUCGGUUGUUAUACGGAAAGAGUUAGUAGUAGUUUGGUUUUGCAGAGAAGGGGGUGAAGAAGUUGGGCCCUCACGGUGGAAGUGGGAGAAAGAUUACCAUGGUCGGAGCUUAGAAGUGGGUGAAGAAGUCUCAAUGGUUUGAGCUGAGCACAAUACUGUGCUGGCGAGAUCCAUGAUUGGAUAUGUAUUUGUAGAGUGUUCUUGGCAGAUUGUCAUUGCCGGGAUGUGGUAAGCAUCACUCAAGAGACAUGGAGUUGUAAUUUGUCCGGAAAGGAUGUCAGUGAUCGUUCUAACGAGAGUCCGAGUUGAUGUAUUGCCGCCUCUAGCUGGAUGUUUUGCUUAAUCCUGAUCCUUUUCUUCUCCUGUAUAUGUCAACGUACAGGCAAAGGACAGAUCGUUCUUAGGCAUUAGACUCUUUCUUUUGUAUUGGACUUUUUUUUAAGUUUCUUUUUUUUUAAUUAAUUAAUACCACAUUCUUUUCCCAGUAGUGAUCUUCCUGUUGUGGCUUUCUUGCAUCUGACCAAGAUGGGCGAAUAGAGAGGCAUUUUAUUCU